UCAGGAAAAGGGAAACCCGGUUAGGAGCGCGCAUCAGACUCUUCGUGGAGAGACGCGAAAAAAGGACGGCAGGAGCGAGAGCUGGAGACCGAGCGAGAAAAACGUAGGUGGAAAAAAAGAAGCGUCGGUCACUCGCGUCCUUUCCCCGUUUAGAGAUCACUUUCUAAUUUUCAAAGCGUGACGCGGAGGAAAAGAAAACGUUCCGGCCUGUUUACAAGGGAACCUUGGCAACCAUGGCAGUGUGUGUACGUGCGCGCGUCCCCCAGCAAGGGCGAUGAGACGCAGGUAGAAUAUUCUGCCAUUAAAAAAACAUAAACAAAAACAAGCCUGAAGCGCCUCAUUACAGCUGUAAAGUGAAAACAGUUGGAAAUGCCUAUUUCGCCCUUCGCUUUCCUGACUUUGUACACCUGUUAAGUGUUAUUUUACAGAAACAAGCUGGGUCAACGCAUGUAAGAAGGAAGCGUCUGCCUCUCGUUUUCGGCGUGCAAGGCAUUUUGUCUGAUGGGUGUUGACCUGCUGCAGGGAAAUCAAGCUUUGUUUGUCCCUAUCCGCGAAAGCCUCCGUUUUGCUUAGUUCGCUACAAAAUCAGUUGACUUCCUAGCUAGCUGGUUCUCGAGACAACAGGCUCUGUUCUGUUCUAUUUGGCUGAGAAAAUAUGGAUACUUCCAGCAGGUCCUCCAAGGGGUAGAACUUACUGUUUUCUUCUUGCUCUCCAGCUUUGAUUUGAAUUUUUAGUGCAAGUCGGAUAUUAAUUAUUUUUAAAUAACUCAAGACAGGGAACAUAAUAUUCUUCCCCCCCUCCUAUUUUCCCCACUACAACACUGUGAGUCAACUUUAUAAUUUUACUUUUCAGCUCCCAUUUAAGUUAUAAGUUCAGAUGGAUUUGGAGGUUAAAGGAAUUGCUGCAUCUCCAAAAAGACCAGUUCUACUGUCCUCUCAGGGUUGGAGGCCAAACACAAGAUUAAGCCAUGGUCCUCGACCAGCCGAUGUGCCAUGUCUUGACUUGGGAAAGUUGGGAGAUUCAGAAGAUGAGGAUGGAGAUAAUGGCUCACUGUACAAUGGUGUACGACCUUACACUGGCCCUCCACGUGUAUCUUCAUCUUUUAGGAGGGGCACUCAAAGUACUCACACACAAUAUCAUAACAUAGAACAGGCAGCAAGGAGACAUGACCUGAAGAAAAUUGAGCUGUCUUCAAAGGAGCAAAAAACAAUACCAGAAAAUCUGCCACUCCCAACAGACAUAUACAAGCUGAAAUAUCAGCAAUAUGAAACAGAAAUGAAAGAGGGCUAUAAGCAGUAUUCUCAGAGAGCUGCAAAAAAGAAAAUAAAUAAUAACCUGUUUCAUGAACUUCCAUGCAAGAUAGCUGAAAAAAAGGAUUUACCACCAGAAAAACAAAGAGUGGAUGAAUUCACAGUUCUUGAUGAGAAAGCCCUUUUACAGCAAGGUUAUACAAACAAACCAUAUACUAUGCAGCAUAGCAUAAGAAAAUUUGAUGUUGAAGAAGUAGCAGCAGAAAGAAAAAAACAAGCUGUUGUAGAACAAGUGAUGUUAGAUCAAUUGUGUAGAGCUGUGAUAAGCGAUCCAGAGCAAAAUGGAAAUUCAGAUAUUUAUAAGAUGUAUCCUGUUCUUCCCGGAUUAAGCACAGCACCUCUGCGCUUUAGAAAAAGAACAUUACAUGAAACAAAAAUUAAGACUAGGUCAGCACUGACAGAAAAUAUGCUUUCUAAUAAAUUACGGUUUGAUGGUAGAUUGAUAUUAAGAAAUGGACGUGAUGCUUGUCGAGAACUGAUUGGAUUUUACUUUACUUGUGACAAAUCUUUAACUAUUUAUGAAUAUCGAAAGUUUGGUAAAAAUAGAACAAAUGCUCUACCAUUCAUUCUGAAAGGUAUUUAUAUGCAUCAGCGCGGACAGAGGAAAGGAAAACCAUACAGACUUAAUGAUUUCUUUGUUGGGGCAGACCUAACUUUUUUGAGCCUUCAGCAUCCUGGUCUUCCUGAAAGUAUUAAGCAGAAACCAUUGUUUACAAUCCGUGUCACAAAUAUUGAUGAAAUGGCCAAAACAUUUCUAAAGACCUAUAAUGUGGAAACUGAGGAAAAUCCUAUUGAAGAUGAUCAGAAGAAAACUUUGAGGAAUAUUCAAGAUAAUCUGAGAACAAAAUUAAGUAAAAGAGGAGUUCGUAUUGUAUCAGGACUAGGAAAAUAUUUCCGCAAACUGGACAAGAAGCAAAAUGGAAAUAUUACAAAAGCAGACUACAGGCAAGCACUAAAAGUAUUUCAUUUAGAAAUGACUGAAGAGGAUUUUGAAUCUUUGUGGUUAGUUCUACAUGAUGACAAUGAUGGUGAACUUGAUUACACUGAAUUUAUUCGUGCUAUUCUUGGAGAAAUGGAUGAAUACAGAAAAGCAUUUGUUAGGAAAGCUUAUAUGAAGCUGGAUUACAAUAAAAUUGGCAGGAUCCCUAUGGUAGAUAUCAAGAAAUGUUAUUGUGCUAGAAAACAUCCUCAGGUUAUAGCAGGUUAUGCAACAGAGGAAGAAAUUAAAUCUUCAUUUCUUGAAACACUGGAGGAUGCCUGCAGCAAUCCCAGUGAAGUUUCCUUUGGUGAAUUUGAGGAUUAUUAUGAAGGAUUAAGUAUUGGCAUUCCGGAUGAUGAAGAUUUCAUUAACAUAUUAAGGAAUCCCUGGGGAAUUUAGAAGUGAAAAAUAUAAUGUAAAAAUUAGGAAUAGAGAUUCUGAACAUUGUUAACUUUCAAAAUACCUUUAAUAAAUUGGGGUUCGUAAUCUUAAGGUACAGUAAUGUUUAACGCAUGGCUUGUUUCUCUUCUUGCAACAUUAAAAUAGUAUUUUUUUAUCAAAUUGCCUGAGAGUAUAUCCCAUGUAAUAGAAUAAUAUGUUUAAUCAAUGAAUUGUGAAACUGGAUAAAAGAAUGUAUACAAGAUAGAACUAUAAUGUUGUGCUAUGUUAAAACAAUUGUAUCACAAGUCAUAUAUGGCCCUUUAUUAAAGUGAAUAUUUUUAUUUUG